AUGGCUGCGAUUGAGACUAGACUUUUUAUCAACGGCAAGGUGAGACAGUUUGUCGAGGCAUCCGACGGCCGGACCUUUCCGUUGUACUCGCCAGCAACAAAAGAAAAGGUUGCGGAUGUAUCCGAGGCCAGCGAAGAGGACACUAACGCAGCAGUCGCCGCUGCAAAGGCAGCUUUCCCCGCUUGGUCGGCUCUCUCCCCAUCUGAGCGAGGAGUCCCUCUCAGGAAGCUUGCCCAGCUGAUUGAGGAAAACCACGACGAAUUGGCAAGGCUGGACGCAUUAUCCAUGGGCCGACCCGUCUCGACUUUCGCUGACCCCGGACGCGCAUCAGCCCAUUUCAACCACUACGCGGAAGCUGGAUACGAGGCCUUGGGAACAUCGAGUGUCAAUACCCCUGGCUUUGUGAAUCUGACUUUACGCCAGCCUUUCGGCGUCGUGGCAGCCAUUAUCCCGUGGAACGGCCCAUUGGUGUUUUUGCCCAUGAAGGCAGCACCUGCGUUGGUUGCUGGUAAUACUAUCGUUUUGAAGAGCAGUGAGAAAGCUCCAUUGACAUGUGCCAAAAUCGCUACCCUCGUUGAAAAGGCUGGUUUCCCUCCGGGAGUUUUCAACAUCAUUUCUGGACAUGGUCACAUUUCUGGAAAUGUACUCUCUCACCACAUGGAUGUCCGAGCUCUGAGCUUCACCGGCUCCGGAAGAACUGGUCGUAUCAUUCAACAAGCGGCAGCCAAGUCGAACAUGAAGAAUGUCAUUUUAGAGCUUGGCGGGAAGUCCCCGAGUAUCAUCUUCCCUGACGCUGAAUUGGACAAAGCUGCGAAAGAAACCAUGUACUCGAUUCAGUGGAACAGCGGUCAGGUCUGUAUGGCCAACUCACGAAUUUACGUACAUGAAAGCAUUGCCCCCAGAUUUAUUGAGCUUUGCAAGAAGAGCUUGUCUACGGUGGUCAAGGGAGAUCCGUUAGACCCAAAAACGACUCACGGGCCUCAAGCAGACAAACUGCAGUGGGAAUCAGUGCAGCACUACAUCGAAGCCUCCAAGAAGCUUGGCCAGAUGGUCCUAGGCUCUGAAGAACAGCCAGACGACUCCAACGGAUAUUUUAUUGAACCAACGAUUUUCCUCGGGGUGCCAGAGGACGCGAAGGCCAUGAAAGAAGAGAUCUUCGGACCAGUCGUGCACAUUAACACAUUCAGCACCGAGGACGAAGUGGUUGCGAAGGCAAACGAUUCUGAAUAUGGCCUCUAUGCUUCCGUGUACACAAACGAUCUCAGCAGGGCGCUGCGUAUGGCUAAGAAGCUUGAAUCAGGCAACGUAGCCAUCAAUUGCACUAGCCCUACUGGCGCUCUGGACAUGCCGUUCGGUGGGUACAAGUCAUCGGGCGUGGGGAGAGAAGGGUAUACCGUUAGCAUCGAUCAAUAUUUGGAGACCAAGACCGUCCUCAUGAAAAUCGAUGAAGAGACGAGUCUAUAA